AUGCCCAGCCGACAAAGCUGGAAGAAGAAGAAGAAGACUUCCACGGGACGUGGCUCUCUCAUCUUGCGCACGCACAUCACCCAGCCCUUCCCAAACCCACUGUAUUCAACGCAGCGGCAGCGGGAUGUCGACAUGAAUUCCAUCUUCCUGCACGAUGAGCCUUUGAGCUGGCGGCAUCUUCACAUUGUGGAGUUACCUGGCCGUGGUUGUCCGUGGAUCCCACCGCAUGCAGCAAUCUACCACAAUCAAGUGCCCGAUUCCGACACGUCAAGCGCUGCUGCAGCGUGA